GUAGAUUUAUAUAUUAUAUGAAUGUCACAAGUCGUCAGAGCAUUGUCAAUUUGUCAGCACACCAAAGCAUAUCGCGCCAUCACCGCUCGGCCGCUGCACGACGGAAUCGGAGUUGCAUGUUAACAAAGUCGAGAAGCUACUUUCACAGGUUAAUUAUUCAUUCAGCAUAAAAAGCAUAUUAAUGUUCGUAUGAACAAAUCAUUGAAGUAUCUGCGUAAUAAACCAUCACAAUUAUAAUUGGGGUAAUGAUACUUUUUUCGUUAAAAACAAAUAAAUACCAACUUUAAGAAUGAGUAGCUCUGAGUUUUUAAACCUGAUCGUAACGAAUUCCAACAAUGACUCAUACUCAGUUGAAAGGAGAUUUAAGAAGGAUGUAUCAAUAGCAGAAUUUAAAAACAAAUUGGAGCUUAUAGUUGGAUGCCAGUCGAAUUUGAUGAAGCUAGAGAUUUAUAACAAAAACGAUGACAUCGUGUGCCAGCCAAACGAGAAUGAUCGAACACUUGGCUCAUACCCUGUGGAAGAUGGUAUGAGAGUUCAUGUUGUUGGCGAUAGUGAACAGACUAAUGAGGAAGGAGUCAGAAAGUUUGAAUUAUCCCAAGAAGAGUAUUCAAAGAGAUCAGAUACUUUAAAGGCAUUUCUGAAAGAGCACAAAUUGGGAAAGUACGAUGAGGAAGAAGCCAAAAAAAAGGAAGAACAAAAGCAGCAGGAGUUGAAAAACGAAGAGCGUCUUUUGAGUGCCAUGAAAGUAGGUGACAGAUGCGAAGUGAUUGUUCCUGGAAAUCCAAAGCGUAGAGCAACUGUGAUGUACAUUGGAAAGACAGAUUUCAAAAGCGGAUGGUGGGUUGGAGUCAAGUAUGAUGAGCCAUUUGGCAAGAAUGACGGAUCAGUGGCUGGCAAAAAGUACUUUGAGUGUUUUGAUAAGUAUGGAGGAUUUGUUAAGCCAACAUGUGUUGUGGUAGGCGAUUUUCCUGAAGAGAGUAUUGAUUUGGACGAAGAAUUGUGAGAAUUCCCAGGAUAAUUUUUUUUUUUCCCCAAUUGUAUUUAUAUCAUUCUUUUUGGCAAACUAUAUGAUUAGCAAUUGCAAAAUUGAUGUAUGAAUGUAACAAAGGUUUUAUAUAAAUAAACUUCUCAAUUUUUUUA